GUAUUUGUUAAAGGUUUAUGUCUUUUAAUUCAUCACAUUGAGAAGAAAUUAAUAUAUUAUACUAAAAUAUGAUGAAACACCUCCACUGUGUCAACACCUGAUCAUCAACACCUCGCCAACAACACCAUCAACACCUACUCCUGACCACAACAAGCUCAGAAUUAUUCAUAAUUUACAACCAGACGAGAACUUGAAUUGAGUAAUGCAUGUUUGGGUACCAAGACUCGGCAACCCCAGGUACAGCUUUCACAUACCUGCCGGGUAAAUAUAUACCAAAGGUAAAGCACAAACAGGUUAGGAAUGACUGGGUGUUCAGUAUUGUCAGCAGAGGCGGACCAGACACACGCGCCUUGUGACGUUGAUCUACGAUGUUUGUGUGGAGUGUAGCGCUGUGGGCGUGUGUAUGGGCGGCCCCACAGCAUCCGCCCACGUUGGAGGGGAGGCUAGAACACGCCCGAUCUCUUCUCCGUCAAGUGCCGCUGGUAGAUGGACAUAAUGACGUGGCCUUAACCAUCCGUAAGACAACACUCAACCAGAUGGCUUCCUUUCCCUUUCACCAAGACCUGAGCCAGCGAGAGCCAUGGGCGUCCAGUCCUUUCAGUCAUACUGACUUACCACGGCUCAGGAAAGGUCAGCUAGGAGGUCAGUUCUGGAGCGCCUGGGUGCCUAAUGACUCACAGUACAAGAACGCGGUGACGCAGACGCUGGAGCAGAUCGACGUCAUCAAGAGGCUGGUGGACAGGUACCCGGAUGACCUCCAGUUUGUGACCACAGCUGACGGUAUCCUGGAGGCUCACGCUAAGGGCAAGAUCGCCUCCCUGAUCGGUGUAGAAGGCGGCCACACCAUAGACUCCUCCCUCGGGGUACUGAGGAUCUUCUACAACGAGGGAGUCCGCUACCUCACCCUCACCCACACCUCCAACACCCCUUGGGCGGAUUCUUCUGUGGCAGAAUCCGGCGAUGAAGGUCGGCACCUCGAGUUUGACGGCCUGACACCCUGGGGCCAGGUGGUGGUGAAGGAGAUGAACAGACUGGGGAUGCUCGUGGACAUCUCCCACGUCGCGUCACAAACAAUGAAGGACGUACUGAACGUGACUCGCGCCCCUGUCAUCUUCUCCCACAGCAACGCCCGCGCCAUCAGAAACGUCACCAGGAACGUCCCCGACGACAUCCUCGUCAGGCUGCGUGAUAACGGAGGCGUCGCUAUGGUUGUCUUUUACGCUGAUUUUCUCGGCUUCGGAAACACGACUAUCAAGGAUGUUGUGGCUCAUAUCAACCACAUCCGGGAGGUGGCGGGAGUGAACCAUGUGGGUAUUGGUGCUGACUUCAAUGGUAUGGGUAGGCCGCCAAAGGGACUGGAAGACACCAGCAAGUAUCCUGACUUGUUCGCUGAGCUUCUGUUGGAUCCUUCCUGGACUGACGAAGACCUGAAGAAACUGGCAGGACUCAACAUCAUCCGCGCCUUUCGGGAGGUGGAGAAGGUACGAGAUAACCUGAGAGGUGAGGCUCCCUGGGACCAGCCUAUCCCUCAGAAGGAAGUCCAGGGCCGCCUCCAAUGUGUCAACGCCUGGCCAGCAAAACCUCCAAUGUGAUAACACCUGGCCAACAGAAUCUCCACUGUGACAAUACCUGGCCAACAGCAUCUCCACUGUGACAACACCUGGCCACUGUGACGACACCUGGCCAUCAACACCUCUACUGUGACAACACCUGGCCAUCAGCAUCUCUCCUCUCUCAAGCUACACUGAAGAUCAAUUUCCUAACAUAACUUUUAGAGAUAAUCGCCAGCCUCUACACAUGUCAACAAAUUUCUCCUACCUCCGUUGUUUAUCCGAGUUAUAACAACUAUCAAUGGAAGAGUCACUUAGUGCAUAACGCGGCAACUUAUUCCAAUCUCUUACAACCUUCUUUCUGCAAAGCAUUUACAAACGUCUGUAUCAAAACAUUUACCUAUACUGCAGAUUCUAAACGGUAGGGGACCAUCACAGCGCCUUGUAGGACGCCUAACCUCUUGUUAAUUCUCCAUAUUUAAUGUUUCUUUAUUUAUUUUCUCUGCCUUUACCAAUUGUCUAUCUAAAAAAUGUGUAUUAUAUCAAUAAACAUCUUUUGAAUUUAA